GAAAAGUCUAUUUAUAGAUCUAGACUAGGUAUUUGCGCAAUAAAACAGUUCUGCAUUUCUUAAAAAUGCAAAUUCGGAAAUGUAGAUUCUACCAGUCUAGCCCCAUGACAGGUUUAUGCCAGACUGAUUAAUCGACUACACAGCCUAGGAAAUGGACUGCACAGUUCCUUUUCACCAAGGCUUUUUGCUGGGCAGGGAGGUAGAUAUGAAACAGCUGCAGAUGGGAUUUAUGUUGAUUGAUGAAACUACACGAUCCACCGUUUCUAAGCUGAAUCUUGUGACCUCCAAGUUUACAGAAGUACGAAGUUUAAAAGACAUUUGUGACAUCUUGAGCAUCUCACCUGAGUACGUCUUCAAGGUCAAGGCCAACAAGAUACAGAAUGACACCGUGUCUGCUUGCCUGCAGAAUCUGUACAAAGAUGACUCAUUCACGUUUAUAUUUAGAGUCACAUACUUGCAGGAGAUCCAGCACUUGGCGCCAGACUUUGUGCCUGUCUGCUGUAAGGAAGGGGCCAGCGAGAGCCUGAGCACCACAGAAAGUCUGCUGGCUGAUGCUGCCUCCAUGUACAGUGAACCAGGGCAGAGCAGAAGCAUCCAGCAACACUGCACGCACUGGGUCAAGACACUGGAGGUUGGGAAUGAGAUGAUCACCAUGUUUACAAUCUCUUCCCCUGAUAAGGAGAAUUUCACAAAAUUUUACUACAAAGUUUGUAAGUGUCUAGGAACCUAUAGUGGUGACAAUGUUGGCUCUAGGCUAGAAAAGUUGAAGAAAGUCGCGUCCAAAAUUGACAAGAAACUUGCCAGCAAGCACUACAGCAAUGUCCAGCUUGAUGUGAAAUAUUGCCUCUUCCACGAGCUGGAAAAGUAUCCCUCGAGUUUGUCUGGGAUGGUGAAAACUCUGGAAGCUUUCAUGGACCUGUGUCUGGGGUGGACUAGCUGUAAGGACAGCCUCAAGUACGAGGUGGACAACAGGAGCAUGAGGAGUAGAGAUGGGCUGGAUAAAGAUGAAAAAGAAUCAAUAACAAACCUUAUUUUGAAAAACAUGCCCAGCUUCAAGUCAGGAGCCACUGGCCAGUUUGUUGAGUACCACCCAGGGAGUAAAGGCUUUGGUGAGCUGAACGAUGAGGAGGACGGGGAUGGAAACUAUGACAGCUUUGUUGUACUAGAGCAGACAGGGCCCAAAUUUUUUUACAACCUCAGAGUUAUUUUACAGCCUUUUGAACAAACAAGACCAGCUCCUAACUCUGGAAAUCUUGAGUACUUAAGUCUUCACAGUCUCAACUUUGCUCCUUAUCCCGAAGAUGUGUGUGUUAUGUUGGAUAAACUUUUCCAUCUCUUAUGCAACUGCGAGAAGGCUGCUAAUCUAAUCCAGGAAUUUUUCAGGAGCCAGAGGUUUCUGGUAGAUAACAGAGUGGAUGAAGGUAACAAAGUGUUGAAGAAAAUUCAGCAGACGCACAUGGUUUUACAUGAAACAGUGGUCAGCUUAGACUUUGUUCACCUCCCCACUGAGGAGAGCUUGCAGGACCUUCUCUCUAAUGACCCUCUCACUACUGUGCAAGUUUUUAUUGAGGAAGUAACAUCCAAGCUCCCGCCUGGCUCUGACCUGGAUUUGUUACUGAUUGGUAAAACUGGGCAUGGUAAAAGUUCAACAGGAAACUCUAUCCUAGGGGCGCACAAGUUUGUUUCUUCAGCAGACGGAGACUCUGUCACCACUCGCACGAAUGUAGCUUGGUCUGAAGUAGAUGGACGCAUACUUAAAGUUGUUGAUACGCCUGGUGUCUGUGAUACCAACUUAGAUACCGAUGCCUCCUCCAUAGAUCUGGCCAUCAAGUCUAUCAGUGAAGCCAUCGCCAACUGCCCUGAAGGAUUUCACGCCCUGCUGCUCAUCAUCAGGUUUGGGACGCGCAUGACGACGGAAGAGAAGAAAGCAAUCGGACUGCUGAAAUGUGUUUUGGGCGAGGACAUUAUCAAAUCCCACUGUGUUUGUGUCGUCACCCACGGGGACAACUUUGAAAAGGAAAUCAAAGAAAAAACCUUCACCGAUUGGUGCCACAGUCAGAAGGGGGCGCUGAAAGAUUUGUUUGAAGAGUGCAACCAUCGCUGCGUGCUGUUCAACAACAAAGCUGAAGACCCUAAAGUCAUGAAGAGUCAGCUGAUUCGACUGGUUGCUAAGGUGGACAGUUUAAAAGGAAAUGGCACCCGCUAUACUAAUGCAAUUUUUGAGUUUGCUCAGAGAGAGCGCAGCAGGAUCAUCCAGGAGGAGCAGGUGCCGCAGGUGAAUGAAGAUUUGAUGCGAGACAUCCAGAUGAUCUUGGAGUAUCUGAGCACCAUGGUGCAGAACACAAACGAGCACAAGUACAAGGAUGAGCUGGCCAAGCUGAAGGAGAAAGUAGACAACCUAAGUAACAGAGUCACAGAAACAGAGAGUGGCCAGCUGGGUUGUCUGGUGGAUACUGUGUUUGGUCUGGCUGCCACUAUCCACAACAAACUGGAUGAGAUAGCGGAUCGCCCUGAAGCAGACAGCCCGGAUGUCCCCAGGGGUGAGGGUGUUUCCCCCCAGUCUGAUGCAGGGAAUGAGGAGAAUCUGUUUGACAGCAGUGACUUUGACAUGCACAGGGGGCGCCUGCAGGUCUACUACGAUACAGAAGUCAACCCCAAGUCUAAUUUGGUUAAUGAAAAAGUGGCUGAAAAAGUGAAAGAAGAAGUGAAGAAAGGAGGUGAAUGUUUCCCUGGCAACUCGCUGGUGAUACUAGAAAGUGGAGAACAUGUCACCCUCCAGGACCUAAAAACUGGGGACAGGGUGAUGUCCAGAAGUAACGAUGGCCGUGUGUGUUUUGAUACAGUCUACAUGUUUGGGCACCAGGAUCCCCGAGCUUCACACGAGUUCAUCACAUUGAAAACAACAGCAAGCCAAGCUUCCCUGACCAGUGGACAUUAUGUUUACUGUGUGAGGAACGGUGUAGAGCUUUGUUUAGCUGCCAGGGAUGUGAACAUUGGGGAUGAACUGAUUGUAGCGUCCCCAGACCAGUUGGCCAGUUUUCCAGUGCAAGAAAUCUGUCAUGAGAGAAAAGUUGGCCUGUUUGCCCCUUUCACCACCGGUGGCCAGAUUUUUGUUGAUGGCUGUUUGAUGUCUUGUUAUGUGGAUGUGCUGAAGCCACAAGUUUGUCACAGUUUGCUAUGGCCUGUCAGACAGUUGUACAAACUGUCUCCCACCCUCCUAGAUCAUGUCAACGGUAUUUCAGCGAAUGAGCCCGUGCCACCAUGGGCCAAAGCUUGCAUGAAGCUAAUGUAAGCUCGUUGCAAGAAAACAGAGUCUUGAUUUACAUGCUUUCUGCAGUCACAUUUAAUUUUAAAGAAUUUACUUCAAAUAGUGUUACAGGGUGACACCAUUUUAAAAUUAUUCAAUUGAACAAUUAAAAUAUUUGAUUACAUUUAAUAAUUUUAAUUUCAUGUAGAAUUUAAUGUAAUUCAUUAAGUUUAAGUAGUUAAUUAUUGUAAUCACACUUUGUUUAGAUUUACAUAAGAACGAUGUUUUUAGUAACCUAUCUAUUCACAUAAAAAAGAACUAAUAAAACAAUUUAUGCAAAAAAAAAUGUUGAAAAUAAUUAUGAACUUUUUCUGAAAUUUGCAAUCAAUAAUUUAAGUUGUAACAGUUGUUUUUGUUUUCAAUAUAAAUUUAUUUCACAAAUGCUUUUUGAAAUAAUUAAAGACAAUUUUUUUUAUUUUGAUGAUUAUUAACAAACUGUUCCAUAUUCUGAUGUCACUUUCAUGUAGCUAUUAUUGGAUUAAUCAGGUUCAAAUUUAAUACAACUUUGUUAAAUUUAUCAUUUAACUUUAGAGUGAUUUGUAAAAUCAAGUGCAAUAUAUUAAUUUUUUAUCUUACUGUACUAAAUCUGAUUUGAUUGGAUAUACCUGGUACUUACAAUAACCAGGUCUAAUGAUUCAGAUUUAUGUUUUAACUUUACUUUCAGCUUUUUGGUGUAUAUUCAAAAUUUGAAAAUAAUAUUCUACCCUUUGAAAAAAAAAGCUAAGCCAGUUGUAUAUUGUGUGGUUGAUACGCAAAGUAUUUAUUAUUUUGUUAGUGUAGGUUGUGACUAUAAGAGAAGUAUUUCUGAGGUCUUAUAUGCACCAUGUACAACAUUUAUAUAUCAUAACAAAUUUUGAAUUAAUGAAUAAAAUAUUUGUAGAUCCAUCCUCAGUUAAUGCUAAUUCUUAUAUAAUUUUAAUGAUUAUGUUAUUCUUUCAUCUAUAAUAAUUAUUUUGCUUAAGUUUAUUUGUUCCAUAGACUUAAUAAAAAUGUAUUAUUUGCUUAUCAGGAGUUAAGAGGGAAUAAAACUGGAAAAAACUUUUGAUUACUCUUGUU